CGCUGAUCCGCGCGGACGGACAGUCGUUGCGAAAUAGUCCAAGUGGCAGCAGUGAAGCCGAGCAGGAGAGUGACGAUCUGUGUUCUCGCGCGCGCCAGAGUUGAAGGAAACGAUGCUGAAGGUGGUCAGGAUUGCCGUUAUCGCGACAGUUUGUGUGGCUCUCGUGGCGGCUUAUCCGCAAAUCGACAACAACGAGACGCUCGAUGAAGGUGACAUAAGAGUUUGGGAGAUUGAGCGCGAAUGCGCGAUGGUCGGCGGUCUUUGCGUGCACAAGGACGACUGCGAUCACGUGACGUCUACUGCAGGCCUAUGCCCGUCCAACAAGGCGAUGGGCGUAGAGUGUUGCUACAAACUGAAAAGUCGCCUGACGUCGUGCGUGAAUCAGUUGGGCGUCUGCAUGGACAGGUGCCAUCCUAGGAUCCAGACGCCGGCGACGGACUGUCCAGGGCAGGUGUGCUGCAUCCUCGUCUAAGGCAGAGUCCGGCAAGAUGAUUCCCUUGAGUACCAAAGGAGCGUCGAUUAUAUGGUAUCAAUCUCACAUUAUCGCUUAAUUUAUUAUCUCUCUAGAUUUAUAGGAGUAAGAAAUGUAAGACCAAAUGAAUAAACUUUAAACCGAA